CAAAAAAAUUCUUCUUCUUCUUCUUCUUCUCCUUCUUCUCUAGAUGCCUUGCCCCGCCAGAUGGGUGCGAAGCUGGUGCCCACGACCCAUCCAUCCAAAACGCUUUCCUUUCCCACCUUCUGACGCUAACCGAGAACGCGAAUGCGGAUGCGGGCCUUCUGCGCCAAAAGUCCUCGAUGGACCGAACCCCGGCUUCGUAAGAAGGUAGGUCUCGCCCAUCUCUUUGCUGCGGAAAAGUCGUCAGGGACCCUCGAAUCUGUCAGAAAGUGCGACAAGGCGAUAACGAUGCCGCAUCCGAUGGGCGAGCCAAAUCUGUGGUCGCACGAUCUGAUUGAGAACGCUUACAGAGCGUGGGAAACAUGGGAAUCUUCCACGAUCGUCGAAGCAACCCGAGAACGAAAAGUCUAGAUAUUGGCCGGUGGAUCAGAGCAACAGCUUUCAUGUCCCGCGCGUUCUGAAUCAGAGCGGAGGCCACGGGUCCAAAGCACGCCAGUCAUCGAAUGGGGACCGAUGGGUGUUCACAGGGG